CGACGACAUCGAAAGGGUGUCUACAGCCGCCCUUUUGAGUACAUAUUUCUCGUAGCUCCCGAUGGACAUCCGACAUCGUCUUUGUCCUGCCCAGUUCCACCAUCUGAGAUCGUCAUAAUGUCCAUGCCAUCGCAUUCUGCCAUGACUGGCACUGAGGAUACGGAUUCGGGAUUUCGCGAUGACCUACUGCAAAGCUACCCCGAUGCCGAGUUAAUCCAAUACAUCAUAUCGUCCCCCAAAUCUCCAUCCUCCUAUGACGUACAUCUACUUUCAUCAAAAUACAUCGCCAAGACAUGCAGUCACGCAGAAGCGGAGGAUGCAAUAAAAGCCAUGGAGAUAGCCCAUAAUCUCGGAAUCCGCUGUCCUCGCGUCCAAAGAACCGUCGCCAAUAAACUCGAUGCCCACUACAUCAUGAACCGCAUUGAAGGCACAACCCUAGACACAAUCUGGACCAAACUAAGCUGGUUCACAACGAUAAAGCUAGCUUUCCAGCUCUGGCGCUUUGUACGGAUCCUCCGCUCAGGUACUUCAUCGACCGCCGGAUCCCUCGCAACUGGGCGAUGUCGGUCUUUCUAUCUGGAUGAUAAGUUUGGGGUCCCUGCGCAGGCCACAGCAACGGAUCUGGGCGAGUUUAUGAGAUUCUGGGGGAAUUUUAGAGGUAUGCGGCAGGCGAUGCAAGUCGCCAAGCAAGGCCAGAUUCUCACAGGAGAUGAGUAUAUUCCGUCCACUACGGGGGGAUUUGUCUUGACGCAUCAUGACCUUGCGCCGAGGAAUUUACUUCUCGAUUCGUUGGGACAGCAGCUUUGGUUUUGGAUUGGGAGUUGAUGGGGUUUUAUCCUAUUUGUUUUGAGUAUGCGGC